GCAAGGUUUGUUGUGUAGCAAUGGUCUGAGUUGUUGUUUGGAUGUAAGCAUUCAGUUUUGUCAGAUUAAAUGCUUAGAAAAUGACUUCUUGCAUUUAUAUAGAUUUUAAAAGUUACAGAAAAAAACUUUUCUGCACUACUCGGUUAAGGUGAUGAGGACUUAAAUCUUCUUGAUCAAUCAUGUGAGUAGAGAGUGACAGAUUGUUAUCAACAACAUACUGUAGUUUUCCUCAAAUCUACGAAAAUGAAGGAUCCUGAUCAUCGGCGUCUUCGAAAUAGAAAUAUUCCAUCCAGAAAUAUUAAUCAGUCAGAAAUUCUAGAUCGAACAGCUGAUGGUGCUGAAGAUAAUCAUCAAGUCACUGAAUCGUUCAAUGAAAAUGAUUCUGAAAAUGAAGAGUGGGCUAGGCUUAGAUGCUCAAGCGUUCAAACUGAAGUCAUUGCUGAAAGAAACAGGCGAAACAGGCAACGUAGUGCUGGUUAUCCAGGCUUGGCUUUUGGAGCGUCUAUAUUUUCUUCUGGGACCAUGAUGAAAUUCAGCGUUAUAUCAAAUGAAUUGCAUAACAUCAUGAAUGUUCAGCUCAAAAGGGCUGAAGGUGAAGUUGCUGCCCUAAACAGGCGUAUCCAGCUGAUUGAAGAAGACUUGGAACGAUCUGAAGAACGUUUAAAAAUCGCCACUGCCAAGUUAGAAGAAGCAUCCCAAAGUGCUGAUGAGAGUGAACGUAUGCGUAAGAUGCUUGAGCACAGGAGCAUCACUGAUGAAGAGCGUAUGGAUGCCCUGGAAGAUCAGCUCAAGGAAGCUAGGCUGAUGGCUGAGGAAGCUGACCGCAAAUAUGAUGAGGUUGCCCGUAAGUUGGCCAUGGUUGAAGCUGAUUUAGAACGUGCUGAAGAGCGUGCUGAGACUGGUGAGAACAAAAUCGUAGAGCUUGAGGAAGAGUUGAGAGUUGUUGGUAACAAUCUGAAAUCUCUGGAAGUCAGUGAGGAGAAGGUAAAAAAGGAUAACUGGAUGAUGUGUUUUUUGAACUUAUUUUGUUUUUGUUUUGUUUACUUUUUAUAUGGUCAGCAGCCAAAAUUUUUGAACAACUUUUUUGCAAGAAGUGCAUGCUAUUUUUAAACAUGAAUCAAUAAU